AUGUCGCACCGCGCGCGCUCUCACGGCCAGUGCCCGCCAGCGCCCUGCACCCGAGCCGCUCCACUGCGUCAGCCACAGCCCGCACCAGCCGCUGCCCCAGCCUGCUGGCCCGCUGCCUCAGCGCCGGCCUGCCUCCGCCCGCCGUCGCCUGCGUCUGGGCCCAGCUCUGCGCUCCGCGCGCCGCUGCUCCGGCUCCCGCUCGCGCUGGCGCUGCUCCGCAUCGCCUGCAGACGCUCGCCGCCACAGCCCGCGACGCCCGCACACCUGGCCGCUGCCGUGGCCCACCACCGCGCCGAGCCGGCCGCCCCAGCCGCGCCUGCUCGCCCAGCGCGCCGCCCGCCGCCAGCCCGCGCCGGCCCCGAGCCGUGCCUCCAGCUUGCCCGCACCAGGAGCCGCACCGCGCGCCCCGCGCUGUGCCUCCAGCCUGCGCACGCCUGCUUGCUCGGGCCAGGCAGAG